CACCUUUAUUUCUACAUGUGUAAAAUGCCCACCUGUUCAACCAUACAGGUACCCUAGAUAAUAUUGCUACAGCUGGUUUGCAGUAGGGUUAGAUGCUCUUUGCAUUAGGUUGUAGAUGUAGAUAUGGUUUCUUAGUGAUGGGGCAGACUGCAGAGAUCUAUUGGCUGCUGGCUUUGUAAAUUUCACUCAGUUUGGUCCAAUAGCAGAAGGAGAAAGACUGGUACAGCCUGGACCGCUCUCCCUCUUCAAUCUCUCUUUUCCUUGCAGAUCAGUCUCUCUCCCUGUCUCUGUGUCUCUGCAUAGGCAAUCAGAGCUCUUACUCACAGACCCAACUCUCCCUCUUGUACUGAUCUGUAAUGAAUUUUCUUCCUGAAUGUAGGUCGUUUGCAACAGUAAGCACCAGCUUCCUCCAAAUCCAGCGGCAUUCUUGUUUGUUUAUUUUUAUUUUUUUGUGGUCGUUGCAUUCCUUUGGACAAGAAAAUCUCGUUGGAUUCCAAGCAGAGGGGAGCCUUGUUCAAAUAAUUCCUGUUGUCUGAUAUUCUGUCGGGAUUCCCUGGAAGAAUUUGGCGGAGUGAAAAGGACCUCUGUGCAGCUGCAGCUAUCGCACUGGUAAGCUACAGGCUGAUUGAUCUGACUGCAAUCUAAUGGAAGGAAUCAUUGUGCCAAUGAAGCAGAGUGACUACUGACUACCUUCUCCUUCUUGGCCUCUUGGGAAGUACCACCAGGAUUAAACCAGCUUUGGAGCCUGGGGAUGGGCUUUAGGGACGAGAACUCCCUUACUUGUCCUAACAUUGGAAUCUGUGUAUGGUCAAUUGACUGAGGUACGCAUCACACUUAUCCUUAGGCUUUUUGCUGCCUGAAAAUAUUACGUGUUGCCUUUCACUUCAGCUUCCUUUGUCUCCCUGGCUGUGGAAGACAGAGGUUCUGCUGAUGUUGAUAUAAACAAUGUCAAGGCCAAUGGGACUUCUAUGGCUGCCUUUGAUCUUCACCCCAGUCUGUGUCAUGUUGAAUUCUAAUUUUCUUUUGUGGAUAACUGCACUAGCUAUAAGAUUUACCCUCAUUGAUGGCCAAGCACAAUACCCUGUUGUUACCACGAAUUAUGGCAAAAUACGUGGCCUAAGAACACCUUUGCCCAAUGAGAUACUUGGCCCAGUGGAACAGUACCUGGGAGUUCCCUAUGCCUCCCCUCCAACUGGGGAGAGGCGAUUCCAGCCCCCAGAACCUCCCUCCUCCUGGACUGGGGUUCGGAAUGCCACACAGUUUGCUGCCGUCUGCCCACAGUACCUGGAUGAGAGGUCACUGCUCAACGACAUGCUGCCGGUUUGGUUUACUGCCAAUUUGGAUACCGUGGUGACAUACGUGCAAGAUCAAAAUGAAGAUUGCCUGUAUUUGAAUAUAUAUGUGCCCACUGAGGAUGGAGCCAACACAAAGAAAAGCGCAGAUGAUAUAACCAAUAAUGAUCGUGGUGAAGAUGAAGACAUUCAUGAUCAGAACAGCAAGAAACCCGUUAUGGUCUACAUCCACGGGGGAUCUUACAUGGAAGGUACUGGAAACAUGAUUGAUGGGAGCAUUCUAGCAAGUUAUGGAAAUGUCAUUGUUGCAACCCUCAACUACAGGCUAGGGGUUUUAGGUUUUCUAAGUACUGGAGACCAAGCUGCAAAAGGCAAUUAUGGAUUGCUAGACCAAAUUCAAGCUUUACGAUGGAUUGAGGAAAAUAUUGGAUCCUUUGGAGGAGACCCAAAAAGGGUUACUAUUUUUGGAUCUGGAGCAGGAGCAUCUUGUGUUAGUCUUCUAACACUGUCUCACUAUUCAGAAGGUUUGUUCCAAAAGGCAAUCAUACAGAGUGGAACAGCCCUGUCCAGCUGGGCAGUGAACUACCAGCCUGCCAAGUACACUCGGAUAUUGGCAGAUAAAGUGGGCUGCGACAUGCUGGAUACCACUGACUUGGUUGAAUGCCUUCGGAAUAAGAACUACAAAGAGCUCAUUCAGCAGACCAUCACUCCAGCCACGUACCACAUUGCCUUUGGGCCUGUGAUUGAUGGGGAUGUGAUUCCAGAUGACCCUCAGAUUCUAAUGGAACAGGGAGAGUUCCUCAACUAUGACAUAAUGCUAGGUGUGAACCAAGGGGAAGGCUUAAAAUUUGUGGAUGGCAUUGUGGAUAAUGAAGAUGGGGUUUCCCCAAAUGACUUUGACUUUUCCGUCUCUAAUUUUGUGGACAAUCUGUAUGGCUAUCCAGAAGGGAAGGAUACACUCCGGGAGACCAUUAAAUUUAUGUACACUGACUGGGCAGAUAAAGAAAACCCUGAAACACGAAGGAAGACUCUGGUAGCUCUGUUUACUGACCACCAGUGGGUUGCCCCAGCUGUUGCUACAGCUGACUUGCAUGCCCAGUAUGGCUCUCCAACAUAUUUCUAUGCAUUUUAUCACCACUGCCAAAGUGAAAUGAAACCAAGCUGGGCUGAUUCAGCACACGGUGAUGAAGUUCCUUAUGUGUUUGGCAUUCCCAUGAUUGGUCCCACCGAGUUGUUCAACUGCAAUUUCUCCAAGAAUGACGUCAUGCUCAGUGCGGUAGUUAUGACAUACUGGACAAAUUUCGCCAAAACUGGAGAUCCAAACCAGCCUGUUCCACAGGACACAAAGUUCAUCCAUACAAAACCCAACCGGUUUGAAGAAGUGGCCUGGUCUAAAUAUAACCCUAAAGACCAGCUCUAUCUGCACAUUGGCCUGAAACCCAGAGUUCGGGAUCACUAUCGAGCAACAAAAGUUGCCUUCUGGUUGGAACUCGUACCACAUUUGCACAACCUAAAUGAAAUAUUUCAGUAUGUUUCCACAACAACUAAGGUGCCACCUCCUGAUAUGACAUCAUUUCCUUAUGUCACCAGACGUUCUCCUGGAAAGCUCUGGCCAGCAACCAAACGCCCAGCCAUGACACCAGCCAACACUAAACAUUCAAAGGACACUCACAAAACAGCCCCAGAGGAUACAACAGUUCUGAUCGAAAAUAAGCGAGAUUACUCCACGGAGCUGAGUGUCACCAUUGCAGUGGGGGCAUCUUUGUUAUUCCUCAACAUUUUAGCUUUUGCUGCAUUGUAUUACAAGAAAGACAAGCGACGUCAUGAGACACACAGGCGCCCCAGUCCCCAGAGGAACACAACCAAUGAUAUAGCUCAUAUACAAAAUGAAGAGAUUAUGUCAUUGCAGAUGAAACAACUAGAGCAUGACCAUGAGUGUGAAUCGCUGCAGGCACAUGACACUCUGAGACUAACCUGUCCACCUGACUACACCCUUACUUUGAGGAGGUCCCCAGAUGACAUUCCACUAAUGACACCCAACACCAUAACAAUGAUUCCAAAUACAUUAACAGGAAUGCAACCUUUGCAUACUUUCAACACCUUCAGUGGAGGACAAAACAGUACUAAUUUACCCCAUGGACAUUCCACCACUAGGGUAUAGCUCUCCCAUUUCCCCCUCUUAUCCCACAAGCCACUUGGAAGAAAAAGAAGUAGAGAAAGAGCAUUCACCAUUGAACAACUUAUUGAAAACAACAAAAAGUAAACACAAAUGGCAGUCGUUAUUUUCUUACUGAUCCUUCCCAUAGGAACUCUCUGAUAUUAAAGAUCAGCUUCAAACCCUGUGAAAUGUGAAACAUGUACAUUGCUGUUAUGAUACUGCUUAAGAUCUCAGCCGCUUUGAAUGAAAGUUGAUGCCAGAAGAAAUCACUUGAAAGGGUGUUUUGAAAGUAACGAACAGAAGCAGAAUCUUCUGCAACACAAAGCCAGUGACUGUACAGUUUUUUAAAAUAUGAAAUUAAAAAAAAACAAUUCUUUAUGUGCCAUACCAUGAAUGGCCCUUGUUAAAACAAAGACAUCACCAUGGGCUUUUAUCCAGCAUAAGAAGCUGUAACCAGAAGGGGGAAAUAGGAUUUUAUUAUUAAAAAAGAGGACUAUGCAGUAAAAUAUGUAUAGUUCUGUGCAAAGAGAUGACUUGCCAGCCUGAACUAUAUUUAAAGAAACUUUGUAAAAAGUGUACAUAGCUGUGAGUUAAAAAAAGGCUUUUAUUGACGUUUUCAGUUUGAAAAGACCUUUUAGAAAUUGUGCUUUCAGUUGUGACCUAUGUGUAUAUACAUUAGUCAUAUCACCUCGGUUUCCUCCAGACCAAAUGGAGGAUUUUCUUCUUAAUUAUUAGUGGUGAACAAAAACAUGAGGUUUUUUUAACAUGUUUCAUUUAUAAGAGGACAUGGUGUCAUACAGAGAGUACAGUUGUCUGUGUGACCUGCGUAUUUUCCCUUACAGGUUACACAAGUGCAUGUGAAAGCAUUCUUAGGAGACAGUUGGGGUUUUAUUUAGAUUUCUUUCCUUUUAUUUUUGUUUUAGCCUUCAUUAAAUUGCAACACAGAGAUGGAUCAGAAAAUGCAAAUCACAAUUAAUGUUUUAAGCUUAUUGAAUUGAACAAAGAAACAACAAUACAGUGAGUCCAGUUUUGUAGUUGUUGGUUAUUUUAAUACAUUAGGAAGACUUGACUUCACAAUCUAGUGCCCUGACAAAUACAAGGAAAAACCUGCCUCUUGGUCAGUCUUUUAUGAGGAAAACUAGCUCUAUAUUCACCAGCAGCUUCAGAAGAGCUUUUGCUGAAGAAGCAUCCACUCAGCUUUGCCAAACCGACGAAAAAGGAAACUGGAAAGAGGAAAGGGGUGAGGGAGGUUUGUUUGGAUUUUUAAAAGUGGUAAGAUCAUGACUGAUUUGUAUGCAAAGAGUUUUUCACCCCGUAUCUUAUUAUUGUGAUCAAGAGCAUACCUGUUUGAAAACACUGUUUUUGCUGGUUAAUUACAUAGCAGUGACAAAAAUCAGGCAAUAUUGUAGCGAGCUAUUAGGAGAGGUAGCCAAUUGUGUUCUGUGUGAAUGUAUAUGAAAAUUCUGGACAGCUUCAUUUUCAGGAAAAGGCUAAAUUACUAUUCUCCCCUGCCCUCCCUUAACUGGGAAAUGAAGGGCAACACAGCUGUUACACAAGAGGUUUGCCAGUUUCAUGUAAACAUCUGAUUCAAGUGUGAGAAGCUAGACAUGGGUUAUUAACUGAUGAAGAUUGUUUAUAUUUUGUCUUUAGAAAGUAACUGCAUCGUCAAGAGAUAGUAACCAAAGAUAUUUGAACAAAGUUGCUCUGCACUUGAGCUUGACUAUCUCAGAUGUAUUUUGUACUUUUAUUUCAGUACCAGACUGGGCUCAACACCAUUAGAUAGUCUGUCCCACACAGAACUUAACACAGGAUGCCUUCUAUCUUUGUGAUAAAACACUUUGGAAUAGCCAGCCCAUGAAACAAUAUUGUAGACACUGAUAUCAAAAUCUGUGGGCUCUGCACAACUCCUUGUUCUGUGUGGUAGAGAAGUGGGUUCUGAAAGAAAUGAAAAGAGAUUUAAAACAGUAAAAAUGCUCUAUCUGACCGAUAUGUUUAACACAAAAGAAGACAGAUUUGUUCUACAAGUUAGAGAGUGUUGAAGCAACAGUCCCAACUUACAUCUAAUAGCAAAUGGGAAAAAUUCUUCUUCACUGAUCCAUACCAUAAUGUUUAUUAAAGCUGACUUUUUAGUAGCCAUUUCCACAACCUAUGUAUUGCCUCGGCUGAGAAGCAGUAGUUCAUGACUCUAGAAAAAGGCAGUGAUGCUUGGCAUCAUAAUCAGUUGGGUAUAUUUGUAAUGUGAAUUACAGUAUUUGUUUAGUACUUCCAAUUGUCUUCUGCUAGCAAUAUGUACAGUAAUGUGUCAGGCUUGUGACAUUUGGGUAAAAAAAGUUCCUGUAAGUGAAUGAAUUUAGCUUUUACAAAUAAUUAUGACCAAGUCAAUUUAAUCCAUCUGACUUGAUGUAUAAUUUAUAAAUGGAAAAGGUUUAUAGAAUCUCCAUAGCAUUCUAUAAUAAUGAUAAAAUAUAUGUGGUAAAGAAAAGAAAACAAGAACUUUCCCAGGCUUAUAGUCUUGACCUUAAGAGGCACGCAGGGUUUAAUGGUUUCUUUUGUUAUUGUUUUGCAAUUUUUUGUUUUUGCCUUAAGUAAUGAUAGAAGAUAUAUAUGGCUGGACACAUAUGUAUAAACUUUUCAGCAGCAUUUUUAAUAAUAAAAUAUCACAGUAUUUUCUAAUGCUUUGUGCAAAGAAUUAUGUGUUCAUCCUUUUUAUUUAACUUUUUGGUAGAACAUCUUUUACAAAUAUUUUAAAAUCCCUUUUUAAUGAUCCAGUGUAAAAGAUGCCUAGAUGUACUGUAUAAAAGUAUUAAAUUAACAGAGGUUGGAUUUUCCAGAUAUUGAGUUGGCAUAGCUUUUAAAGCUUUAUAAGCCCAUUGCUCAGGUGAAUGAACAGUGGACUUUGAUGCUCAGAUGGUGAAGAUAUUGUAGAAGAGAGAGCUCCAUAUGUUUAUUUGUAUGCUCCGCUGAACUCUGUUGUGUGUGUGUUUAACAUUGUCACAGAGCAAAAUAUUCUAAGGGAAUGCAUAGCUAACUGCCUUCCAUGUAAUUUUAAAAUUUAUUUUUUUUCUCCCAAAAUAGGUUUCAGGAUAAAACUAUAAUUCUUACCACCUCAGUGUCUACAGUGCAAUCAGACUGCAGCAUCUGCAGAAUACCUGAGCCUGCUUUGAUUUAGUUAGUUCACAUAACAAUAGCAAUGAAGCCAAGGCAGCACAAGCUAUAUAGGCCGAUUAGAACCAUAGGUAUGUACUGGAGCUGCUAGCCCAUACUGCCAAGACUUUACUGCUCUUAUUAUUUGAGCUAGCUAGAUUAUACUCGCUUGGAGAUAUCUCUACAUACUACUAUCAUACUUCUUUUUGCAAUGAUCAUUCAUUUCUGUUUAGAAUUAGCUCUUUGGAUAGUAUAGCAUAUGUAUGUUGAAACAAAUGUCAUGCCAUUAUCCAUAUCUAUCAUGGGGUGAACUCUAAUGACAUCUUCACAUAGAAGAGUUUUAUUAUUCUUGUCAUAAGAUGGGUGAACAGUUUUAGUUUCCCCUUUUGUCAUGUUAAAAUGUUUUUAUCAUCUGAGUUUCCUGUUACUGAAGUGAUGGAUAUGUGGAAGGGGAUGAUGUCCCUAGACUCUGUUUGCCAUAACUGGGAAUAGGUGACAAGGAAUGGCUCACUUGGGGUGUGUCUACAUUGCACCCUUGCCUCUAAAUAAGCUAGGCAAUUUGAGCUAAGGAAACGGUGUAGCUUAUUUCAAGGU